AUGGCGCCGGACCUGAACUCAGUGCCGCCCUCCCCUCGACCCAUCACCUCGUCGUCGUGCCCACAUUUCACAUCCAGGACGACGUCCCGAAGAACAUCCCACUCGCAGCAGCUCGCCAUGGCUCCACAGACGCUCCCUUCUCAAAGUACCUCGCAUCCGCAAUCGAACGCUCAUGCUUCCACCUCUCCUCAGCCCGUCCCGCAAGCUACGAACAUCUUGCCUUCAAAUCAAGCUGCUCUUCAUCAAGCAACCUCCCCACCGCUGGCAUCGCCGAGUGUGGUCACAGGAACGGGAGCAGCUGCAGACAACACGGGCGUCGGAGCUGGGCCUGGCCCAUUGAGACAUCCAAGACCUUUGACCGCGGCAGAUUUGCAUCUACAGCUCGAGAAGGAGCAGGAGGCUGUGGUCAACCGUCUCACCCGCGAGCUCUCCCUCCUCCGCGCCGCCCAGAAUGCCUCCGUCGUCUCCAACACCUCCUCAACCUCAGCCGGCUUACCAGACACCCAAGAUUAUAACGCAAACCACCUUCUUAGUGGCCCUUCCCACCCUGCCCCCUCCUCCCGCCAACACCACCGCUCCUCAUCCACGACCUCCAACCGCAGUAUUAACUUCACCCUACCCUCCACCACCGCCGACCGAAUCCCACAGUCCAUCUCUCUUUCGCGUCAAAACUCUAGCACUGGCUCCCAACGCGCGGGCAGUCCAGCACCGCUAGGCUUAGGAUCCAGCUCGGGCAGCUACCAUCAGCUGGCGGGUGAGCACUUUCCAAGCUUUUAUUCGCAGAGGCCAGUACCGCAUCGGGACGCGAGUUCGAACAGUGUGACUGCGGUGAUGGCUGGGACUGGGAGCGUGAUGAGUGGUGCUGAAGGACGAGGAGUGAGCCACGAGAUGCUGCGGGCAGAUAGUGUGACCAGUGUACAGACUUCAGGACGGUAUGACGAAGCUGCGUACCAUAGGCAGGAGCUGGAUAGCGUGAAGAGGGAGAACGAGGGCUUAAAGAGGAGAAUCAGGGAGUUGGAGCGAACGUUGAGGGCGAGGAGGGAGAGCGAUGCCAGUGCGGGCGACAGGAUGAGGAGCGAGAGUGUGAGCACGACUGCUAGUGUGAGGGAUAGGGAGGGUGGUGGUGCAAGUUUGGGCACUGCUGGUGCGAGAGGAAGGGUGAGACCCGAGAGGCCCGAGAGGGGAGAGAGGGAGAGGGACGAGGGUGCUGAAAUUGAUACUGUACAGGUAGGGGAGAGUGCUAGGAGCGCCGGCCUUUGA